AAUAAGUACAAUUUUUUAGGGAUAAGCCAAGGUGACGGUGAUGCAAAGUGUGUUUCAGGCUGUCACAUUCAACUUUUCUAUAAUGCUACCAAGCUAUGCCUUUUUUUUCCUCCCUGUGUGCCUCUCUGCAGGAGGGUUUCAUUAAUGGUCCUGAAGGAUUGUAGCCCACGAUGUCUCUGUGUGUCUUUGGAGCUCUGACGGCUUUGUUUGUGUUGGCCUCAGUGGUGCCCACAGCCGACGGCUGCCCCAACUCCUGUGCCUGCUCUGUUCCUGCUGAACUACACUGCACCUUCAGAUACCUGAACACCGUACCUGACCACAUCCAGCCAGCUGUGGAAAGAAUUAACCUCGGGUACAACAGCAUAACUGUCUUGAAAGAAAAUGAGUUUUCAGGACUUCAGAACUUGGAAGUACUGAUGCUGCAUAGUAAUACUAUCCACAGCAUUGAGGACAGAGCCUUUCUAGACCUCAAAUCUGUCCAGGUUCUGAAGAUGUCCUACAAUAAAGUCAAGAAAAUCAACAAAGAGACAUUCAAAGGAUUGGACAGUCUGCUGAGACUGUACAUUGACCAUAACCAUAUUGAUUUCAUCAAUCCAGAAGCAUUUUAUGGCCUCACCAACCUACAGUUAGUCCAUCUGGAGGGUAACCACCUGCAGCAGCUCCACCCAGACACAUUCAUCACUCUGAGACACAGCCAGGUGUUCAAGGUUUCCUCAGUGAGAAACAUCCACCUGUCAGACAACCUCCUGACCCGCCUGCCUGCAGAUAUUUUCUCAGGCUGCACCCACUUAGAAAAUGUCUUCCUCCACGGCAACCCCUGGAUAUGCAAUUGCCACAUGAAAUGGUUUCCAGCGUGGGCACAGAGGAACACAGGUGUGCUGAAAUGCAAGCGAGACAAGACAGAUCCAAGAGGACACGUGUGUCCUGUUUGUCAGAGUCCUGCCCCUUACCACAACAAGCCUGUCUCCCUCCUCCCACGCAGUGCCUUUAUAUGCACCAAGCCCUGGAUCCAUCCUGAACUGAAGCAGAAAAACAUAAGCCUGGAUGAGGGGGACUUCACUCCAGUUUCCUCUCAGGACUUUGUUGCCCCAUUAGGUUCGAUACAGAUGAACCUCACUGAUCACUUUCAUAAACAUGCCAACCUAGCCUGUACUGUCCAGAGGCCUUCUACUUUUGAAAACAUGACAUUGAUAUUGGAAGAAGGGAGCAAUAAUAUCACUCUGCUUACAGCGGCCAUAACUACAUAUCUGGUUUGUAACGUUGACUAUGAACAUGUCCAUCAUCUGUGGCAGAUUGUGGCCACUUACAGUGACUCUCCGAUGAAGCUCAAGAGAGGCUUAAUGCUGACCAGGGUUCCUGAGAUGACUUUUAGAUAUAGUCAGAUGAAGCUUGAGGAUUCAGAAGAUGGGAUUUACACAGACAUUGAGGCUGAGAUUAAAGCCUCCCCUGCAUGGCUCAUGCAAGAACAGGUUAACUUCCAGCUUGAUCGCACAACGACUACUAUCUCCACCCUGCACAUCAAGUACCAGUCUGUGGUCAACCUACGUGUGGAAAAUACACCUGUGAAGAGGGACAGAUAUUCUUGGGCCAUGAUUAUACGAGACAGUCAAACUGAAACUGAGUAUGCUGUUCUUACAGGUGGUGUGGUACAGUUAAGCUGCAAAAUUCUGGGUGACCCAAAACCUUUGGUGGAAUGGAUUUUACCAGACACAACUAAGGUCAGGGCCCCAUUCACCAGUGAGGACAGAAGGAUCAUAAUAACAGCUGAAGGAAAGCUUACUCUGCGGGGUGCAGAUACCUCAGACACAGGCCUUUAUUGGUGCAUCGCUACAAAUUACCUGGAUGCAGAUGUCCUGAGUUUUCGAGUUACUGUUCUGUCUCCUGAUGUGGAAGAAGCUGAUGUCAGUGGUGUCCAACUCACAAAGCCACUAGGGGACAAUCUGUUGUUUGACUGUGGCUCCAUGGGAAGUCCUAAGCCAUCUGUUCAAUGGAUACUCCCUGAUCAUACAAUAUUGCAGAAGUCUCAAGGUACCAGAAAGGUGUAUGAAAAUGGAACCCUGUUCAUUCAGGGUCUCACAGAGAGGGACAGAGGAUUUUAUAGAUGUUUGGUUGCAAACAUCUUAGGAGUUGACCUGCUGGUGUCUCAAGUGACAGUGACUGGAGAAAGGCUUGUAAAGACCAGUUUGGACAUUGAUGGGUCAGGAAUGGCAAUGGAGACUGCCAUGGAUCCCAAUUUCCCUGACAUCACAGCCUUCCUCAGUGAAAGCCCCACCUCCAGUGUUUCUGAUCGAGUUGGUCAGGAAUCAUGGACCAUCCACUCAGAUCGACCUUAUACAAAACUACGGUCACAGGGUAGAACAAGCUCUGUUGGUCAUCUCGGACAGCGAAAAAGGGGUUCAAUCAGCAACAGGCGUAUCUGGAGCACAAGGAUUUUUGAUAAAGCUCAUAGGAAAGUAGACCCCCAGAAAUUUGCUGAAUUUAUGAAAAAAGCUCAAGAUGCAACAAAAAUAAAAAUGGAAACAAAAACAGAGACAGUAAAAUAUGAGGACCCCCAAAAUGAUUUAUCUGGUGACGGAGAUUUUGUCGUUGGAGAGGAUCAUAAUGAAGAAAAUCAGAGCAAGUGGACUGAAACAGCGACAGCAAGCCAGGGCGGUCUUUUUGCUUCAACAGAAAUGGAUCAAACCAUUGGCAUGGAAACCACUGCUAGAAGUCACAUUAAUUUUAAUCGAGUAAUGGAAAACACAAAUAUUUUCAAACCAGAGUCCCACAUACAAUCAAACCCUACAAAAAUCAAGUCUACAUUGAUACACUAUCCAAAACAAAUAAGUGAAAGUCAAAUCGAUUCAGUUACACCAUAUAUGUUUACAGACAACAAUUUCAGCCCUAGUUUUCACAGGACAAAUGAAGUUUUUUCACUGGACAAAAAAUACAAACUUUCUUUAAACUCUCCUGAACUCAGUGUGAUGGGUACAUCACAACAACUGUUCUCAGGAGAACAACAUGAAGACCCAGAGACAUCCACUGGAAUGAUGUUCUCCUUUGUAACAAAUCCUAACAUUAUUCCAAUGAAGGAUGGUGUAGGCCCAGUGGAGGUUAUCGUACACACAGCCACAGACCAAGAAAGUCACACCACAUUCACGGCCUUCACAAGCACAGAGAGACAAAAAGAUGAGGUCACCUUUCAAACAACUCAAACAAUAAAUUCUGCACGCCUUCCUUCAGGAUCCACCAUCGUCUCUCAGCAACAAAUUCGUAUCAUUCCAAAGAAAAAUGGCCGAAGAGGUGGCCGCCGGAGGACCUUCCAAGGGCGCAGGAGGAUCAUCAAACCUAGCAGGAUCACAGACAUACAGUCUUUCAUCAGUCAAGUUAAACAGUCCCCAGUGAAAAAGGAAAGCAAUACCACUGUGCCAUAUGAAAUAAAAAUGACCAGAGAUUGUGACUGUGAUCAAGAUGGGAUGAAGACAGCACCCACUGAUUCAUCUUUACACAAAACAGAGCAGCGUGCCUUCACAAGAGAUACUGCAGCUACUCCCAGUAGUUAUUAUAUUACUCCAAAUUUCAAUUUUAGGCCAGAAGGUUCCAGUGACUAUAUUACCUCAAUUGAUGGGCUUGGAUUUGACUCUGUAUUAGAUCCAUAUGUGACUCCAAAUAAAGAAUGGCCACUUUCUUCUACGACCAUAACAACAACUACCUCUAAAGUCAUCCGUGGAAGAAUUCCAUGGAACAGACUGUUUGGAGAAGGAGAAAAGCAAAAGAUACUGGAAAGGCUGAGUAGACCAUUGUCCCCUGCAAAAAUCUCUACUACUACUGAAACUAUGACAAUGAACCCACAAACAUCCACUGCUGCACUGCCCAUCACAUACUCUCCUAGUGCAUCUGAGACUGUCUCCACAUCACAACACACAAAAAGCACAGAAAGUUUGUUCGAUGAUUAUGGAGAUUUGUCUUCUGCAGAUUUUGAAUUCAGAACAUUUGGUCCAAGCCUUUACCGUCAGACUACAGUGAGUCCAUAUUACCUGUCCAGGUCAUCCUCUACUACUGAAACAGCUCUGGAGUCAAAGACUGUACUGGCUCCACCCAUUGUCAAACCACCUUCAAUGACAAAUCCUGAUGAAACUUUGUCAUCUGGGUCUGGGGGAUUCCCUAAUAUUUGGCCUGUAGUCAGACAGAAGCCUGGUAGGAAAAAAGGGCGGCUUGGACAAAGACAAAGACCCUUUAGACGCCAGAGACCAUUGAAGAAACCUAGCUUUACUAAAUUACACUCAGCUACCACAGUUGACAUUCUUACAACAGAGGUAGUAACUUCAGCUACCCCCUACAAACCAAUGACAUCUACCAUGAAAGACCCACAUACAGUAGCUCAGAGCAGAGUCUCCGGCCAUAUUAGACCACCAACAUGGAGCAACAUACAUCACACCACACCUCAGCCCAUGAUUAGGAGAACCAGACCAACUCCACCGACUAGUGGAGGAAGAAAAAAAGGUCUUAAUCUUAGUGCAGUAAAAGUCCAUACAGCAGAACAAGGAUAUCCUACCACCCCUACUCCAUACAACAACAAGACCAUCACUGGCGAAGAGACUACACGUUUUCACUUUGGUUUUGAACAUUCAACAAAAGCUAUGGCAAAGAAGCCCAAAAUAAUUGGGGGAAAUGCAGCCAGCUUCACCGUGUUGUCCAACUCAGAUGCCUUCCUUCCAUGUGAAGCUGUGGGAAAUCCAAAGCCUACUAUCACCUGGAAACAAUUCUCACCAAGCACAGGAAACGCAGUUGUAAUUGAGGGGAAGAUUGGCAACUUUGAAGUUUUGAGCAAUGGCACGCUAUUCAUCCACAAUGCUAACAUGAAGUACCGUGGACAGUACCUGUGUCUAGCUGAGAACAACCUUGGUACAGAUAAAUUACUUGUCACCCUCUCUGUGGUUGCAUACCCCUCACGCAUCCUGGAGCCCAAAAUGCGCGACAUAAAGUCUCAUGCAGGAAACACAGUGGAGAUGAAAUGUAAAGCAGAGGGUCGGCCCACACCUAUGAUAUCUUGGAUCCUGGCCAACCGGACACAAGUCAGUGAUUACAGCAAAGACAACGGAAGGGUAUCAGUGACGGCUGAGGGAACGCUGAUCAUUGAUUUGGUUUCUGUUCAUGACCGAGGUCAUUACAAAUGCAUCGCUAGUAAUCCGGCUGGAGCUGAUACUGCUACAGUCCGACUACAAGUCGUGGCAUCUCCCCCUGAGAUCAUGGAGGAGAAACGACAGCAUGUGAAAGUUAGUGUAAACCAGGACCUGUGGUUACCCUGCACUGGUCAUGGCAGCCCUCAACCUACUGUUCACUGGGUCCUCUACGAUGGGACAGUCAUGCAAUUUAACAGGUCUACCAGUGACAUAAGGGUGUCAGUGUAUGAGAAUGGAACCCUCCAUAUACAGGAUUUGGCUCUCAAUGACAAUGGCAUAUAUGAAUGCAUUGCCACCAGUUCAACUGGCUCAGAAAGAAGGGUGGUGACACUGACAGUGCAGAGACAACAGUCUGUCCCGCAAAUAGUGGAGACAUCCCAGCAACUCACAGAGUUGUUCUAUGGAGACCAGUUGAGGCUUAACUGUUUAGCUACAGGAGAGCCUCAACCAAGGAUCAUCUGGAGGCUCCCUUCUAAAGCUGUGGUGGACCAGUGGCACAGGAUGGGCAGCAGGAUCCAGGUCCUGGAUAAUGGUACUCUAAUAAUUAACACUGUGAUUGACAAAGAUGCAGGAGACUAUCUGUGCGUAGCACGAAGCAAGAUUGGUGAAGACCUCCAGUUAAUGAAAAUCACUGUAUCCAUGAAGCCAGCCAAGAUAGAGCCAAAGAUCUAUGGCAAAAAGCAGGUGACUUACGGUAAUGACUUGAAGGUUGACUGUGAAGCCUCUGGAGCUCCGAAGCCAGAGAUUUCUUGGGGUCUACCAGAUGGAACACUGGUCAACAGUGCACUACAAUCUGACAGCAGUGGAAGAGGACGAGCACGGCGUUACACUUUGUUUGACAAUGGAACACUCUAUGUAAACCAGGUUGGUAUGUCAGAGGAAGGUGACUAUACCUGCUAUGCUCAGAACCAGGUGGGCAAGGAUGAGAUGCAUGUACACAUCACUGUGGUGACCGCUGCCCCCAGGAUACAUUCCCCAAGUCAAACUGCCAUCAAGGUGAAGCUUGGUGGGAAGAUCCGUUUUGACUGUGAAGCAAUUGGAGAGCCAAAACCCAAAAUUCUGUGGUUGCUGCCAACGCAGGAUGUUAUUGCUGCAUCUAAUGAACAUUACUUAAUGCAUGUCAAUGGCUCUCUAGAUAUCAGGGAUGUAAAGCUAAGUGAUGCUGGAGAAUAUAUCUGUAUUGCUCGCAACCCUGCUGGAGAAAACAGAAAAGCUUACAAGCUUGAAAUAGAUGGGAAUCCACCAGUGAUCAAUGGCAACUACAAGAAUGGUACUGUAAUCCGAGAUGUAGCUGCCAAAUAUUCCAGGAAAUUUAUAAAUUGUAAUGCUAAAGGAGACCCCCCGAUCACAAUCACAUGGAUUAUGCCUCAUCACAUAUUUCUGACAGCACCAUACUUUGGCAGUAGGAUCAAUGUCCACCACAAUGGGACUUUAGAAAUCCGGAAUGUGCGUCCAACUGAUCAAGCAGAGUUCAUUUGCCUGGCAAGGAAUGAUGCUGGAGAAGCAGUAAUGGUGGUGCAGCUUCAGGUAACCAGUAUGCUUCGUAGGCCAAUCUUUAAGAAUCCAUACAAUGUGCGUAUUGUGUCUCAGAUUGGGAAAACCACAGUUCUGAACUGUUCUGCUGAUGGAUACCCAGUACCAGAAAUCUUCUGGACCCUCCCGAAUGGAACACGGAUUGCUGGCGGAUCUGAUCAUGAUUCUCGCUACCGCCAAGGCAGCGAUGGCACAUUAAUCAUUUCCAACCCUCACAAAGAGGAUGCUGGGAAGUACCGCUGUGGUGCAAAAAAUUUAAUGGGGUAUAUAGAGAAGUUAAUUGUUUUGGAGCUUGGGCAAAAGCCUUAUAUCCUGACACGGCCAAGGGGCAUCAUACGCAGUAUGUCUGGGCAACCUCUGUUUCUUCACUGCCUAACAGAUGGCAAUCCAAGACCUAGGAUCUACUGGACAGUCCCUGGAGGCCACACUUUAAGUUGGCCUCAAGUCCUUGGACGCUAUCACUUGCUUGAAAAUGGUACUCUGAUUGUUCAAGACACCACCCUCCACGAUCAAGGUAAUUACAUCUGCAGAGCUCGGAAUGUUGCUGGGGAGGCUCGACUCACUGUCCCCGUGGUUAUCAUUGCAUACCCUCCUCAGAUCACAACAGGACCACCCCCUAAUGUAAGGGCAUUGGCAGGAGCCCCUAUCCAGCUCAACUGUGUUGCUACUGGGAUCCCCAAGCCAGAUAUUACCUGGGAGCUACCCGAUCACUCUGUUCUGUCCACAACAGAUAAGGGACGGCAUAUGGGUAGUGAACUGCUCCACCCUCAGGGUACACUUAUUAUACAAAGGCCAACAGCAUUAGACUCUGGUGCAUACAAGUGCCUGGCCAAAAACUACCUAGGUAUAGAUUCAAAGGUCACAUAUGUAUAUGUGCUGUGAGAAAAGAAGUAAAAAAAAAACAAUGUGACUGAAUGAGGACAGUUGGACGUGAGAAUGUAAACCAUGAAGAGAUCCUUUUUUCCUACUUGUGGAUUUGUGAAUGUAACAUUUCUUUGGAUGUUAUAGAAAAAGUGAGAGAACGAGAAUGAAAAAAUAAAGAGAACACGAGAAAAAAAACUCAACACAUGAUUUUUUUUUUUUUUUUUUUAAACAGGAAAUGACAGACUGGUGCUAGACAGUUGUUAUUUUAACUUUGGAAGUGGGAGUCUGGAAAAACAUAGGUGGUACUUGUUUGGAGUGAUUCUCAAGGGAACCAAAGAGUCAGGGCUUGAAGUUAAGCUCAUAGUGAUUUUUCAGACCAGAGGUAAUGUUACAACAUACAAUCUGACAGAAAGAAAGCACUUUCCCAAUGGGGUUUGAAAACCCACAACCAUUAACCAGAAGCUGUUGGUGUCCUGCAAUACAUUUUACUG